AUGGCUGCCAAUGGCUCAACCUACGCUCUCAGCAACUCCCACAAGGAGAUGCUCGAGAAGUCUCUCAUUGAGACUGACCCCGAGGUCGCCGCCAUCAUGAAGGACGAGAUUCAGCGCCAGCGCGAGUCCAUCAUCCUCAUCGCCUCCGAGAACGUCACGUCCCGCGCCGUCUUCGAUGCCCUCGGCUCCCCCAUGUCCAACAAGUACUCUGAGGGCUACCCCGGUGCCCGCUACUACGGCGGAUCUCUCGCCAUCUCCACCUACUUCGAGACCAUGCCCUACCGCGUCGAUCUUGAGACCGGCAUCAUCGACUACGACACUCUUGAGAAGAACGCCAUCCUGUUCCGCCCCAAGGUCCUCGUUGCCGGUACCUCCGCCUACUGCCGCCUCAUCGACUACGGCCGCAUGCGUAAGAUUGCCGACUCUGUCGGUGCCUACCUCGUCGUCGACAUGGCGCACAUCUCUGGUCUCAUCGCCGCCGGCGUCAUCCCCUCCCCCUUCGAGCACGCCGAUAUUGUCACGACCACGACCCACAAGUCCCUCCGUGGCCCCCGCGGCGCCAUGAUCUUCUUCCGCAAGGGCGUCCGUUCCGUCGACGCCAAGUCGGGCAAGGAGACGCUCUACGACCUCGAGAACCCCAUCAACUUCUCCGUCUUCCCCGGCCACCAGGGCGGCCCCCACAACCACACCAUCACCGCCCUGACCGUCGCCCUGAAGCAGGCCGCGUCGCCCGACUUCAAGGCCUACCAGCAGAAGGUCGUCGACAAUGCCAAGGCUAUCGAGUCCAAGUUCAAGGCCCUCGGCCACAAGCUCGUCGCCGACGGCACCGACUCGCACAUGGUCCUCCUCGACCUCCGCCAGUUCAGCCUCGACGGCGCCCGCGUCGAGGCCGUCCUCGAGCAGAUCAACAUUGCCUGCAACAAGAACGCCAUCCCCGGCGACAAGUCGGCCCUCACCCCCUGCGGCAUCCGCAUCGGCACCCCUGCCAUGACCUCGCGCGGCUUCGGCGAGGCCGACUUUGAGCGCGUCGCCGCCUACAUUGACGAGGCCAUCAAGAUCUGCAAGGAGGUCCAGGGCGCCCUGCCCAAGGAGGCCAACAAGCUCAAGGACUUCCGCGCCAAGGUCGCCGGCGGCGAGGUCGCCAAGAUCAACGACCUCCGCAAGGAGAUCGCCGCCUGGUGCCAGGGCUUCCCCCUGCCCAUCGAGGGCUGGCGCAUGGACGCCGGCCUCUAA